GUCUUUGAUUGCCUUCUCUUCACUUGCCAAUUGUAUGUGAUAACCAAAGAUUUUAUUCGACAGAGUUUUGGUGACUGGUUUCAAGCUUUGACUAAUAAAUAAAGCCCCAAAAUGGAUGAGGAUUUGAUAUUUGACCCGUCACUAAAGAAGAAAAAGAAGAAGAAGACUGGUUUUGAUUUAGACGCUGCGCUGGCUGGAGAGCAAGGCGAAACCACGAGUGCCGAGGCGCCUGCCGAAUCCGGUGACGUCGACGUGCCCGAGGAUGACAACCUCGACUUGGACAAUUUCGGUAAAAAGAAGAAAAAGAAAAAGAAGACCUUCUUUAAUUUAGAUGAGUUAGAAAAUGCUUUACCUGAGACUAAGGAUGAGAAGCCCCCAGCUGAAGAACCCGAGCAGCAAGAAGAAGAAAUGGUCGACGAUUUAGAUCUGGAUAUAGACUUCACUAGGAAGAAGAAAAAAAAGAAGAAAACCAUAGACGAACUGGUGAUGGAGGAUGAUUUGAAGAGCGAAGAUCAAGAAAAGGAGGACGACAUGCAUGGCGAUUGGGUCGGCAGCGAUCGCGACUACUCAUAUGACGAACUUCUCGAACGCGUGUUUGACAUCAUGAGGGAAAAGAAUCCCAGCAUGGUGUCCGGCAAGAAGCAGAAGUUCAUUAUGCGACCACCCCAAGUGGUCAGAAUUGGUACAAAGAAGACAUCAUUCGCAAAUUUCACAGAAAUUUGUAAAACACUUCACCGUCAGCCAAAACAUUUAUUAGACUUUUUGCUGGCAGAAUUGGGUACAAGUGGCUCAGUAGAUGGUAACAGCCAGCUCAUCAUUAAGGGCCGUUUCCAACAGAAACAAAUAGAAAAUGUUUUGAGAAGAUACAUUAAAGAGUAUGUAACUUGUCACACCUGUCGCUCCCCUGACACUAUUUUGCAAAAAGAUACUCGGCUUUUCUUCCUUCAGUGCGAGACGUGUGGAUCACGUUGCUCAGUGGCUAGUAUCAAAUCUGGUUUCCAGGCUGUCACAGGCAAACGAGCGGCUAUGCGUGCUAAAGUGGCAUAGAUUAGUUUUUAGUGAUAUUCAAUUUUACAAAUUGAGGAUGAGGGGUACAUGCAGUGAAUUUCCUAUCUUACGUGGAUGAUGUGUAGAUUGUGUAAUAUAUAGUGUACAUUACCUAUUGUCCAGCCACUAUUCAAUGAUGAAAUUGCCCUUAAUUUUCUGUAAUGUUCAUGUUGAGAUAGAAAUUUGUGUUUAUAUAUUUUGUAUUUUGUUUAUCAAUCAAAGUGAUAUACAACAUACUCAUUUUGAUAUGCAAUUAUAUAUCAUUGUUAAUUUACAUUUUAUAGAUUCUAUUUUUAUUUUGUUUUAUGGAUCAAUAGUUCUCAAAUUACUACUUUGUAAUAGAAAUUCUGGAUGUACCCUAAAAUAACCCCUAUAUUUAUGUAUAGUUCACUAAUGUAAUAUUCUCAUUGAUACACAAUGUUUUUUAAAAA